AUGGAAACAGAGCAGCAGCUUCAGGCCGUCAAGGCCCUCUCGGCUCGACUGUCCCAGGACGCGCACAGUGCAGAGGCUAUGGUGAAACAGGCCCUCGAGCUCAAACACCUGCUAGAGAAGAAUCUUGAGCUGAUGGGCACGUCUCAAGCUGCAUCUGAGGAACAGGAAGGCUGGCUCACCGACAUGGCCAAGGAGAAUUACGAACUGCAUGCCAUGGUGGAUGAGCUCCUCUCGGCAUUACACGUCCUGAUGCAAAAGCACCGCCAACAAGUAUCUGCGCUCCGCACGCGGAAUCAAGAGACAGUUGAAGACGCACAACGCCAGAUUGAGGCGGAGCGACAGCGGUCACGGCGUCUUGAGCUUGAGGUGGUUCAGCUCACAAGCAAAAUCGAGGAGAUGGAAAAGGUCAUGUGUGCAGCAGUGGCCGUGGAUGAGCGCGACGACCUUGAUCUCAUUGCCGAUGUUGUUGCGGUCGCGCAAGAAAAUCAGCAGCUACGCGACCUCCUGCGCGUCUCCAAUGUGGCUUUGGGCGACGCGGACUGA